GGAAAUGUGGGCCAGUAUAAAUAGCCAACGGAAGGAGACCGGACACUAUUUGGUUACUGGGUCGCCUCCUCUGCAAACAACUCUCGCAAAAUGAUUCUACUUAAUUCUCUGGUCAAAUUGCUUGCCUUGGUGGCCAUGGCGAGCAUAGUGUCAGCUGGGGUCAGCGGGUACAGCGCCGGCGGGCCACGUGGAGGCGGCAGGUCAGGCUCGGGUCGCAGAGGCACUCGACGGGGAGGAGGCAGCGUGGUCGAGGCGGAACUCGUUGGCUUCGGAAUCCUCCCGAACAGACUCAUCGAUCCAGUCCUCGUCCGUUCCUUCGACAGGUCCGAUUCUGACGAAGGCGCUGACGGAUACGACUACGGCCUUGGCUUCGACGGCGGGUUUUCUGCGGGUAAUCCUGGCUUCGACGGCGGGUUUUCUGCGGGUAAUCCUGGCUUCGACGGCGGCUUUUCCGGAGGCGUUGGUUUUGACGCUGGCGCUGGCUUCGACUCCGGUCAUGGAGGCGCCGGUUCGAUGUUGGCUUCCCCGGAGGUGCACCCCUCGACGCAGGCCACGUUGCAGGCCACGGGGUGUUCGGCGGCGUCGGAGGAGGCGCUCCUUUCAACGGCCCGAACACCGGAGGCUUUGGCUUCGGCGCCGGAAACGCAGGAGGCUUCGGCUUCAACACUGGCUUUGGCGACGGCUUAAGUUUCGAGGUUGAUUUUGAUGACUCAAUAACGGCUGGCGCUGGCCGUGCUGACGUCAUUUAUCCCGAUGACGUCAGCUUCGACACUGGACUCAAUGAUGACGUCAGUUUUAAUGUAGGCAUUCCCGAUGACGUCAGCUUUAACGUAGAUCCUGUUGAUGACGUCAGCUUUAACAUCGAGCCUAUUGAUGACGUCAGCUUCAACGCAGGCAUUCGUGACGACGUCAGUUUUAACGUUGAGCCAGCUGAUGACGUCAGCUUCGAUGCUUUUGUUGGUGACGACUCCCUCUUCGACGCCAACUUUGAUUACAUUGUAUAAAUGACACUUUACGAAGAUCACAAAUGCCAAAUAUGUAAAAAUGUAAAUACAUCAUAUUUAUAUAAAUUAAUACACACGCUAUUGUUAUAAUAACGAUAAUGAUAAUAACAAUAAAAUCUCUGAAUAUUU